AUGGCAGACAAUAGCAAAAUCGCAGUCCUCGACUCCUCAAUCGUCGACCGUCUCCCUCUUUCCUCCAAAACCCUCUUCGACGCCAAAGCCUCCAAAUCCCUGACCUUCGCCAGCAUCGCCAGCGCCCUCGAGCGCUCCGAAGUAGCCGUCGCAGCGCUCUUCUACGGGCAGGCCCAAGCAUCCCCUGCCGACGUGUCGAAACUCUCUUCCCUACUCUCGAUUCCCGAGGAGGUGUUGGCGGAACAGCUGUUGGGGUUUCCGGACCGGGGGAGGGCGGGGCCCAUGCCGCCGGUAGAGCCGUUGAUUUAUAGACUGUAUGAGAUUGUGCAGAAUUAUGGGUAUGCGUAUAAGGCGGUGCUGAAUGAGAAGUUUGGGGAUGGGAUUAUGAGUGCGAUUAGUUUCAGUACGAAGGUGGAGAAGGAGGUGGAUGAUAAGGGGGCCGAGUGGGCGGUUAUUACGUUGAGGGGAAAGUGGCUUCCUUUCACCCGGUUUUAG